AUGUGGCUCACUGUGCACUGGCUAGUCACCCGCCUCCCUGACCGCCUUGCCACUGCCCGCGACGCGCUUCUUCAGAAGCACCCCACUGAACUCACUAUAGACCUCCUUCAGACUGCUCUCGGGACCAUCGAGAGCAGCCUCCUCACCGUUGCCUCCGCCACUGAUGCGGUGGCCCCCCGUCUCUUUGCGGGGUGUGCCGCCCCUCAGCUUCCCACUUUCACCGCUACCCGCGCUUCUGCUGCUGUGUCGGUCUCCGCGGACACCGCUGCCGUUUCUGCCGCAGACUGGCAGAAACGGGGCAAGAGUGGCAAGAAGGGCGGGAAGGGGGGAGGUGGGGGUGGAGGAGGUGGCGGUGGAGGGGGCGGUGGAGGGGGCGGUGGAGGUGGGAGCGGCGGUGGUGGUGGAGGCGGCGGCGGCGGCGGUGGUGCACCAGGGGGAGGGGGCCUUGGAGGAGGCGCAGGACAGACAGGUCCACUCACAGGUGGUGGCCCGACCGGUGGGGGUGCUGCCCCCCAGCAGCAGCAGCCACAGCAGCACCAGCCACAGCAGGGACAGCAGCAGCAGCAGGGACAGCAGCAUGGGGUCCGGGAGGCCCUGGGAGCACCAGCCGCAGCAGCAGCUCUUCCAGCUGGGCCCCUCGCCCCCCUCGCCGUGACGCUGGCCCCUGCACCCACUGGUGCCUCACCGGGCCGGGCAGCCCCUGUCUCUGUGGUCGCGACGACCACUCUGCCGCGCGGUGCUUCCGCCGCCUCGACGACCUCUACCGGGCUCGUUGGGGCCCCCUGGCGGUCACGCCUCGCUGGUCUCGUCUGUGACCCUCCGGCUGAGGCCUCUCUGUCGUUCACGCUGGACUCGGGCGCGUCUCAGUGCUUCUUCCGCGAUCACACGACCCUUACGCCACUCCUCACUCCUGUGUCAGUGGCUCUGGCUGAUCCUACCUCUGGACCAGCCGUUGUGCGUAGCUCCACCACCCUCCCGUGCCCUGUGGUCCCCUCUGGUGUCCUGCGCGGCCUCCACAUCCCCUCGUUCACUCGGAACUUGGUGGGUGUUGGAUACCUCCAGGACAGGGGGAUCACGGUUACCUUCGUGGGGGGUGGGCGGACUGCAGUCUGUACUGACGCUACCACAGGUGCUGUUCUGGCUACGUUCACCAGGGAGCCCCGCUCCGGUCUCUACGUUCUCCACACCGAGCGCUCCCCGGUCGCGUCCUCCCCUCAGGUCGUUGCGUCCCCUCCGGCCCAGGGACUAGUCACAGGUCUCCCACGCACCUUCCCGUCGCUCCCUCUCUCGCUUGCCCCUCCUUGCUCUCCGUGCGUCGCCGGUCGCUUACGCGCCACUCCCCACUCCUCCUCCCUUCGUCCGGCCACCGCUCCCUUCGAGACUCUCCACUUGGACGUCUGGGGCCCUGCCCCGACGCAGGGGUCUGGGAGGGAGCGUUACUUUCUGGUGGUCGUCGACGACUUCUCCAGGUACACCACAGUGUUCCCUCUUGCGAAGAAGUCCGAGGUGACUGCUACACUGAUCAGGUGGCUUCUAGCCACUGAGGGCACUCGUGGUCGUCGAGUCAGUUGUCUCCACUCCGACCGUGGGGGCGAGUUUCGCUCCGGCAUUCUCAGCGGAUUCUGCGGCGAACAGGGCAUCACCCAGUCCUGGACGCUGCCAGAGUCCCCACAGCAGAAUGGGGUUGCUGAGCGCCGCAUAGGCUUGGUCAUGGACAUCGCCCGCACGUCCAUGAUCCAUGCCCGUGCGCCCCAUUUUCUGUGGCCCCACGCGGUUCGCUACGCCGCACACCAGCUGAACCUCCAGCCGCGUGUCUCGCGGCCCGAGGUUUCACCGACCAGUCUUUGGACUGGUUCCCCUGGUGUUGGGUCGGCCUUUCGAGUCUGGGGCUGCCUUGCGCAAGUCCGCGACACCUCUGCGGACAAGCUCUCGGCACGCGCCGUCGACUGUGUCUUCCUUGGUUUCCCGGUCGACUCUGCUGACUGGUCCUUUUACCACCCGCCCCUCCACCAGUUCCUUGACUCCCGUGACGUCAGGUUCGACGAGUCCGUGUCCUACUACACCCAGUACCCCUGUCGAGGUCUCCCGGUACCCCCUCCCCCUCUUUUCCUCGCACCCUCUCCUCCUCCUUCUCCCGCUCCUCCGGUACCCCCGCCCCCCCCUGGUCCUGCCCCGUCUGGUGUGUCCCACGCUACCCCUCUACCCUCGGUCGCGCGUCAGGUAGCGUCUCCCUCCCCGCAGUCCUCCUCACAGUCCCCUCAGCAGCCUUCGGCACUUCCGCGUCAGGCUACUGUGGACUCGGUUGGUGUUGGAGCUGGAGGUGCAGCCGCUGGCGGUGCUCGGUCUGGGGGUGCUCGGUCGCGGGGUGCUGGGGUGCUGGAGCUGGAGGUGCUGGCGCAGGUGGUGCUAGUUCUGGGGGUGCUGGAGUUGGAGGUGCUGGCGCAGGUGGUGCUAGCUCUGGGGGUGCUGGAGCUGGAGGUGCUGGCGCAGGUGGUGCUAGCUCUGGGGGUGCUGGAGUUGGAGGUGCUAGCACUGGAGGUGCUAGUUCUGGGGGUGCUGGAGUUGGGGGUCCUGACACUGGAGGUGUUGGUUCAGGGGGUGCUGAGCUGCCCGUCGGCGUGA